UUCAUUUCAUACUGGAACACUAGCUAACUGAGGUGGUGUGACGUGCGAGUCCUCUUUUUUAACAUUGGCCGGUGCUGAGGAAUGCCGCAGAACAUCUUUUUUAUUCCUUGACCAACCUCGCAGGCCACGCCAACACAUCAUCACUCUUUACACCCAACCUAUUCAUCCAACCUACUCACCCAGUAUACGCCUCUCACAAUGAUUAAAAUCUGGACCAUGAAGAAAGACAAUCUUUCUAUGGACAAGAAGAAGUCCAAAGUCAGUGCUGGCCAGAUUCGAGUCCAGAAAGAUUUAAGUGAACUUGACCUGCCAAAGACUAUGAAGAUGACUUUUCCAGUUCCUGAGGAUUUGCUCAAUUUUGAGCUCGAGAUUUCCCCUGAUGAAGGCUUCUACGCUGGCGGCACCUUCAAGUUCUCGUUUGCUGUGAAUGGAAACUACCCCCACGAUGCACCAAGUGUCAAGUGUUUGCAAAAGAUCUACCAUCCCAAUAUCCAGGCUGACGGCAAGAUCUGUUUAAACAUUCUGCGUGAGGACUGGAAGCCCGUGUUGACGCUAAACUCAGUCAUGGUUGGACUCCAAUACCUGCUCUUGGAACCCAACGCCGACGAUCCGCUCAACAAGGAGGCAGCAGAGGACUUGCGAAACAACCGCCGCAACUUUGAAAACAAUGUCUACAAGAGUAUUCGGGGAGGCACUGUCAACGGCGUUCAAUACGACAAUGUCAUGACAAAGUAAUGGAUCGGCAGCAAGAUGAAAAAAAAAAAAAAAAAAAAAAA